AAACAUGAAGAUCAUUUGGAAUAUAGCUUUUGCAGCAAUAGCCUGUUUGCUGCUGCUGGCAACCGUUAAAGCGAAACGUGUCAAACAAUUGAAAAAAACACCCAUUGCUGGACGUAUUGUGGGUGGUUCAACGGCAGAAGACGGUUUAGCUCCUUAUCAGGUGUCCCUACAAGAAGGUGGAGGUCAUAUAUGUGGUGGGGCCAUAAUUAACACUGACUGGAUUAUUACGGCAGCCCACUGUGUUGCCUAUAGUGAACCCGAAGAGGUCAGUGUCUUAACGGGCACUCAGGACUUAAGCCAACCGGGAGUAUUCUAUUAUGUCAAACGCAUUUAUAUACAUUGUAAUUAUGAUAAUCCCAGUAUGCAUAAUGAUAUUGCUUUGUUGCAUCUGAAUUCAAGUAUUGUUUUCAAUGAGAAUACCCAAAUUGUCAAUUUGCCUUCGAAACCAUUAAACGAUGGUGAUGAUGUUUUACUCACCGGUUGGGGUACUGAGGAACCUUGGGGUGCGGCACCAGAACGUUUGAAAAAAGUCGAUUUAAAAUUCAUGGAGCAUGAACGUUGCAAAGCAGCCUUACAAAAUGAUCCUGAUUUUGAUGUGGGUCACAUUUGUACAUUUACCAAAUAUGGUGAGGGAGCUUGUCAUGGUGAUUCUGGUGGUCCUGUGGUUAGUAGCGGCUGUUUGGUGGGUAUAGUCAAUUGGGGUUAUCCCUGUGGCAUUGGCUAUCCCGAUGCUUAUGCUAGUCCGUAUUUUUAUUUGGAUUGGAUACGUAGUACGAUGAGUGAAAAUGGCAAUUGUUUGAAUAGAAAAAUGAAGGAAUGGUAACAGCUGAUUCCAGAUGAAUUAAAAUAAAUA